AUGUCGCAUUCCACCCACAAGAAAUCGCAGCCGCUCUGUCACAUUGUGACAUCGGUAGGCAUGCUUGGCUAUGGCAUUAAUGCGGGCCAGACCAAUGCCGCAUUGGAACGAUUCACCUCGACUGGUAUACCUACCGCAAUGAUCUUGGAGUCUGGUUCGACGGACAGUGGACCACAGAAGCUGGCACUUGGGGGUAUGACCGUUCCUUUGGGAUCAUAUAUUCGGGAUCUACGCAAGUUGCUUGCAUCGGCAUGCCGUUACAAUAUGCCGUUGAUCUUCAGUUCGGCAGGAGGUAGUGGCACUGAUCACAACACACGUGAGCUAGCAGAGGUGAUUAAGAGUCUUGCAGCCGAGAUAGACACGAUGGGGCUUGAGCCUUUCCUUGAUGCCCUCUCUGAGCAUCCAGACUUGCACGUGCUUGUCGGUGGCCUAGCCUAUGACCCAGCACCGUUUGUCGCGUUUGCGCAGCAUUGCUAUUCGAAACUUGGACUUGGACCAGCAGACGAAAAUGAGCAUCUUAUCGGUGGAUUUACACAUAUCGGCAAGAUCAUGGAGUGCGCGGGACUCUGUGCAAUUCCAAAAGACGGUGGCGCUACUGCAACUGUCUAUGUUGAUGGGACAUUUGACGUGGUUCCAAUGGCACCGACAUCCAAGUGCACAACUCUCUCAGUUGCAGCACAUACUCUGUAUGAGAAGAGCCGUCCCGACAAGCUGUACGGUCCGGGUGGGUAUCUAAAUCUUACAGAAGCUGAAUCUACGCAACUUGAUGAUCAGCGCACCGUCCGCGUUCGUGGCGGGCGAUUCGUUUGGUCUGCUGAGGAUUCUGAAGCGGGAGUUUAUCAAGUCAAACUCGAGGGUGCCAAGGCUGUAGGUUACCGGGCCAUGUACGUGGGAGCCAUCAAAGAUCACAUUCUUCUUGGCCAGAUCGACGAGUUUCUUGGCAACGUGCGCGACUUUGUCGCGAGCGAGCAUGCUGAUAUCGAAGGCUACUGGGACCUUCAGUGGCAUGUCUAUGGUAAUGCUGAUUCUUCUGAUGCCCCCAAGGUCUGUAUCAUCGGCGAGGCUUUAGCAUCUACGCAAGAGCUUGCCACAAACCUUGUAGCAAAUGCUAAAGUAGGCACUAUCCAUACUCCGUAUGAGAAUCAGAAGGCGACAAGUGGGAAUCUCGCUCAUGGAAUCGGUGGCAUCUACACCGUUCCUCUAGGCCCAUGCGCCGAAUUCUGCGUGUACCACCUGAAGGGUUUGGAGCCCCAGGAGAAGAGAGGAGGCUCGAGAGGGACUCUAUUCUGGACCGAGAGCUUCAUAAUCGCCCGUCAGGAGGGAUCUUCAAUCAAUACUAAAGGAAGCCACACCCAGCCUCUUGGAAAGACGAAGGUCAAGAAACGUUUUCAGAACGGAAAUCUUUCGAAUGAACAGGUUCUAGGUAAGAAUCCGGUCUUGGGGAACAUUGCGCAGGUAAUUCGAUCCAAGAACUCUGGGCCAUAUGAGAUUACGUUUGAUGUGUUGUUUGCUCGGGAAGAUGUAUAUCGUGCUAUCAAAGAGGCUUCACUCCUGGACACUAACACCGUAGCGAAGCUCUAUGGCAUCAACCCGGAGCAAGUGAUUUGGUCUGGGUUCUUUGACCAAGCUCGGGCAUACAAAGCAACAAUCCCGCGUAUGAGACAAGGCCAACCUGCAGCCGCUGGUGGUUUUAUGGAGGACGAUGUCCAUGGCUCGCAGAUGUACAUGCCUCUGUUGAGAUUGCCGAUCCCGGAAGAGCUGGUAUCAGAACUCAAGUCAAUAUUGAAAGUGACGGAGUGA